AUGAGGAAUACCUGCUCGCACUGUGCUUGUUUCGACAUCCUGCUGACACUAGCUGGCUUCAUUUUGUACCUUUCGGACAUUGUGUUGGACAUAUGGAAGAUCUGGUUGUUUUAUCAGGAGGGCUCUUAUAUUUUGAUGGGUGUACUUAUCUUCCUGUUUCUGGGAUCCCCAGUUCUGCUACAGAUAUUCAGUUGGCUUUUGUACGCAGAUUACAAAGACAAGCCGAAGACCAGCGUGGAUAUAUUUCUAAAUAAACACUCACUACUUGUGAUUUUCCAUGUUUUCCAGCUGGGCAUCUUUGUCAGGUUUGCCAGCGUUGUGGAAAUAUCCGUCCGUCGUUUGUUGGGGCGAGACCCCAUACCCGAAGACACUGCCAGACACCUGAAGCAUGACCUCUUUUUCGUGCGUCUGGUUGAGACCUUCUCUGAGAGUGCUCCUCAGCUCAUGCUUAUGCUCUCAACCACGUUCAUGAGGGAAGAAAUAGGACUCCUUACAGGUCUGAAGACGGCCGAGUCCAUUAUUACCAUUACCUUAAACGUCCUCCUGUACCACCAAGCCAUGCGCAAAUUUAUUCACGAUAAAAGCAAGAUGGGCUGGGACUCGGCUGUGGUCUUCUUCCUGUGGAACCUUUUUCUUAUCACUGCGCGUGUUGCUUCGUUAGCUCUGUUUGCAUCCGUGCUCCCCUUCUUUGUGGUCGUCCACUUCCUGACGCUGUGGAUCCUGUUGGUUCUUUGGGCCUGGCAACAGCAGACGGACUUCAUGGACGGCCCAGGAGGAGAAUGGCUCUACCGGGCCACCAUAGGGCUCAUCUUGUACUUCAGCUGGUUCGAUGUAAAUGAUGAGAAAACCAAGCUCAAAAGCAAUAUCUACCAUGUUCUUACGAUGCUGGACAGUGGGCUGCUGAUUGGCUUAUGGUGGUGGAUGAGGGUGUACAAUACAUCCAGUCAUAGCCCGUGCCCCUUGGAUCUUCUUGUGCCGAUCUCUAUAAUUGUCCUCCUCUACAGUUCAGGACUGGCAUUGAAAUUUGUUCACGACACAUGGUUGCGUCCAAAGAAGCCGGAAUUGGUCAUAGACCACCCUAGAGCACACAGAGGUGACGUGGAAGAAGCGAGCUCUGGAGAGAGGCAAGUGGAGGCUGAAGUUGAUAGCGUCCAGCCAACACCCCGUUCCAUGUCACUAACACCAACGACCGAACCUCUUACCGGAGUCAAAAAGAGAAUGAGUGUAAUGGCUGCUAAUUUUUAUUCAUAG